AAGCUGGCAAGCCAAAGAGCAAAGAAGAGGAGAGAGAAAGAUAAUAGAGGGGAACGAUGGGAGGUCAAUCUCUAUGUUCAGCUCUGUGUAAUGUGUUGAACAAAGUGAAACCAUACCUUGCAUUGGUCUCCCUGCAGUUUGGAUAUGCAGGGAUGUAUAUAGUCUCCAUGGUUUGUUUGAAGCAUGGCAUGAGCAAUUUCAUCCUCGCCACGUAUCGACAUGUCGUCGCCACCAUUGUCAUUGCACCAUUUGCCUUUGUUCUCGAAAGGAAAACAAGGCCAAAGAUGACCCUCCCUAUCUUCCUUAGGAUUGUUGCUCUUGGUUUCCUUGAGCCAGUGCUUGACCAAAACUUAUAUUAUCUGGGAAUGAAGUUAACAACAGCAACAUAUACAUCAGCUUUUGUGAACAUACUUCCUGCUGUCACCUUCGUAUUGGCAAUUAUUUUCAGGUUAGAGAAGGUGAAUGUGAAGAAGAUAAGAAGUGUAGCAAAGAUCAUUGGAACACUAAUCACAAUCAUAGGAGCAAUGGUGAUGACUUUAUACAAAGGUCCCAUUAUUAACUUCAUCAAGUCAGGGGGAGCCAUCCACCAUGGAACUGCCGCCGAAUCUGCAGAUAAACACUGGGUUUCUGGCACAAUAUUUCUUAUUGGAAGCAUCUGCAGCUGGGCAGGCUUCUUUAUUUUGCAAUCCUUCACAUUGAAGAAGUACCCAGCAGAGCUGUCUCUUACAGCACUGAUAUGUUUCGUGGGGAUGAUUGAAGAUGCAGGACUGUCACUCAUCAUGGUUCACGAUCUAAAUGCGUGGAAAAUCGGUUGGGACUCAAGGCUUCUCGCUGCAUCAUACUCUGGGAUAUUUUGCUCCGGCAUUGCGUAUUACGUGCAAGGAGUAGUGAUCAGGCAACGAGGGCCGGUUUUCGUAACAUCAUUCAGCCCUCUGUGUAUGAUCAUCACUGCAAUACUAGGGGCCAUUAUUUUAGCAGAAAAAAUCCACCUUGGAAGCAUUUUUGGAGCGAUUAUCAUAGUAACAGGCCUUUACAUGGUUGUGUGGGGCAAAAGCAAAGAUGGGAAAGAAUCUGAAACAAAUGAGAAAAGCAAUGGCCUGCAAGAAUUGCCCAUCACAGGAAAUGUUAGAUCAAUCAGCGUUGAAGAUGAGAUGAAUGGAAUUGCCAAAAUUGUAACUAUUCCAGCUUCAAAGAACCCCUUCACCACUCGAGGAACGUAAAAAAGAAUUGUUGCCUUCCAAAUGUUCGAUUAAACCUCUAGCAGAGUGGUUGUUCGCCCCAACCAUAGAAGAUCAUUAUGUAACUAGCCAUUCCUCUUCUAGGCUGCUCUGAAUUUAAAGUAAUUAUCUUUUGAUGAUACUCUUCUCUCAUCGUUUGUUCGUAAUAAAAUCUGUUUCUUCGUUAA